GGGCACCGCCAGCCCGAUGGGGCGACCGCCGCGGCCGCCCCCGUGCCCGGCCGCCCUGCUGUGGGGCUUCCUGCUGCCGUUGACAGCUGCUCAGGAAGCAGUUCUGCAUGCAUCUGGAAGCGGCACCCCUUUACCCUCCAAGGACUACUGCAUGCUAUAUAAUCCUCUUUGGACAGUGCUUCCAACUACCCUAGAAAAUGCAACUUCCAGAAGUUUGAUGGAUCUUACUAGCACACCACUAUGCAACCUUUCUGAUCUUCCUCUCCAUGGCAUGAACAAUAAAGCAGUUGUGGUACAGUGGGGACCCUGCCAUUUUCUGGAAAAAGCCAGAAUUGCACAGAAAGGGGGUGCUGAUGCAUUGUUGGUUGCCAAUAACAGUGUUCUCUUUCGUCCCUCAGGGAAUAGAUCUGAAUUUCAAGAUGUGAAAAUACCAAUUGCAUUUAUAAGCCAAAAAGACUUUAAAGACAUGAAACAGACUUUUGGAAGUAACAUUACUGUAAAAAUGUACUUACCACCACGGCCUGACUUUGACUAUACAAUGGUGGUUAUUUUUGUAAUUUCUGUGUUCACUGUGGCAUUAGGAGGAUACUGGAGUGGACUUAUUGAAUUAGAAAACUUAAAGACAAUAACAAGCACCGAGGAAAGAGAAAUGAGGAAAAAGAAGGAAGAAUAUGUAACUUUCAGUCCUCUUACAGUUGUAGUAUUUGUGGUCAUCUGCUGUGUUAUGAUGGUCUUACUGUAUUUCUUCUAUAAGUGGUUGGUUUAUGUUAUAAUAGCAAUAUUCUGCAUAGCAUCAGCAAUGAGUCUGUACAACUGUCUUGCUGCACUAAUUCAUAAGAUACCAUGUGGACAAUGCACGAUUACGUGUCGUGGCAAAAGCAUUGAAGUGAGACUUAUUUUUCUCUCUGGACUAUGCAUAGCUGUAGCUGUUGUUUGGGCUGUGUUUAGGAAUGAGGAUAGGUGGGCUUGGAUAUUACAGGAUAUCUUGGGCAUUGCUUUCUGCCUCAAUUUAAUUAAAACACUGAAGUUACCCAACUUCAAGUCAUGUGUGAUACUUCUAGGCCUUCUCCUCCUCUAUGAUGUUUUUUUUGUUUUCAUAACACCAUUCAUCACAAAGAAUGGUGAGAGUAUUAUGGUUGAACUUGCAGCUGGACCUUUUGGAAACACAGAAAAGUUACCAGUAGUUAUCAGGGUACCAAAGCUGAUCUAUUUCUCAGUAAUGAAUGUGUGCCUCUUGCCUGUUUCAUUAUUGGGUUUUGGAGACAUUAUUGUACCUGGUCUGUUGGUUGCAUACUGCAGAAGAUUUGAUGUUCAGACUGGUUCUUCUGUAUACUAUAUUUCAUCCAUAGUUGCCUAUGCCAUUGGCAUGAUACUUACGUUUGUUGUUCUGGUGCUGAUGAACAAGGGGCAGCCUGCCCUCCUCUACUUGGUACCUUGCACACUUAUUACUGCCUCCAUUGUUGCUUGGAGACGUAAGGAAAUGAAAAAGUUCUGGAAAGGUAGCAACUAUCAGGUAAUGGCCCAUCUGGACACUUCAACAAAUGAAGAAAACCCAGUGACCACUGAUGAACAGAUUGUCCAACAGUAAUAUUACAUGGACAUGCAAUAAUGUGUUAUUGAUUUUCUACCAAUAGAGUUUGACUUUUUAAAUCAAUUUUUGAAUUGACAAUCUGAAAGCAUUUUCAGUGACGUUUGCAAAUAUAUAUUUUUAUGAGUUGGUACUGAAAAUUACAUCAUAAAGGAUGAAAAUGCAUUUGCUUUUAAUUAUGUCAAAAUUGUGCCUUCACAUUAAAUAAAAGCAUAUGGUCUAUGUGCUUUCCAAGACCCAUUAUAUAAGUAUAUUUUUCUAAAAACAAUGCCUUGCCCCUACUCCAUCCUUUCCAUACUGUACUAUGUUUCUUUCAACUCUAAUGAUGGAUCACAGUAUGAUGGCAAAGUGAGCAGAAGAACAAAUGUUUUAUUAAGGAAUUAUGUAGAUUUUAUCUUCUCUAUAGAAAUAAAUAUUUAAGACCAUGCAUAAAGGCCAUUCAGCUGUGAAAAUCUGGUCCUCAUAUCCUGAAAAGGUUAGAAAUAUAUAAUUCAAGAAUAAAUAUAAACACAAUUUUGUAGUGUAAAUUUUGAAAAUGUAUAACCAUUUAAAAAAUUGACAGCUCAAAUUACUUUAGACUGCAUAUAUAGCUAUAUAUAUCAGAUUAUCUUUUCAGAUACAGAGAAACAUAAUAUAUAGAACUAUCCAUUAAAAGGAUAUAAAUAUGGCAUCUAGAUUUUUUGUAAGUGCAGCUUAACUUUUGAGUUUCACUUUGAUCUUUGAAAUUUGGUUCUAUGGAUGGUAAUUUGUGAUCUUUAAAAACUUUUCUUAUCCAGUCCUAUGUAUUAGCAUAUAUAGCUCAUUGUUCACAUGCAAUGCCCACCAACAGUCGUCCUUGGCUGUUUUCUCCUGAUUUCCCUAUCUUUCUCCCUAGUAACUGCUGUUAAGCUCAGAGCAGGCUGGUUUAUUAUUUUCUGUUCAAAGUAUAAAUGUGCUUUUUAACCCAUCUAUAAAAUGAACAGGUUAGAUCAGUUAAUCACUAAUUAGCUGGUAACUUUGAACUUGAAAUUUUCUUUUUUUCUCUUUAUUUUUUGCAAAAUAGGUGUGCGCUUGAAUGUUUUCUGGGAGGCAGAUCGAAUUAUCUUUACAUUUUCGUUUUCUCUAAGAGGUUCCCAAAAUACUAAUGAUUGCAAAAGAAGUAAGAUUUGUCAUUUCUGUAUAAAUACUGUACAAAAUAUGUGAACAUAUCUAGUCUUUUAUUCUAAUGCCAAAUGAAUUUAUUAAAUGAUAAAAACAGUGCCUUUUAAAAUGGA